AUGAAAGUUCUCAAGGAAAGAGUCGCCUUCCUACUGGACUACGAGGUCCUCGAGCACUUGAACGGGCUCAAGGAGAAAUACAAUUGGACGUUCACGCCCCAAGAGGAGAAGGACUCCAAAAGCAAGCGAAAGAGGUUUACAGGUGCUGGCCUUGACUUGGAGGUCAUCACAAGAGACAUCACUCUGUGCUUGGGGAAGCUGGCGGCAGGAGAAAUCCCUAACACGGAGGCUGUAAUGGAGAUCAUGACAUUUUUGAACCAGUAUGAGUUGAUGAAGGUGGAGAAGCUUCAGAUCCUCAAUUCCUUGCCGAGGUCCAUGGUGCAUCUAUAUGCCUUGGUGGAGGAGUGUGACCAGCGUUUUGAUGAGGAGACGUGUGAAGCGAUAUUGGCAAAAAUCAAUGAGGUAGUUCCUAAAGCGGAGACAGAAGAGGGAGACGAAGAGGAAAUCAAGGAAGAAGAGGAGUGA